AUGACGAUACUUCUGCAUGAAAGGGUCCUCCGCCGCCUCAAGCGGCUCACACCACACCAUCCCACCACGCUGCGCCCCAUCGUACAGUUUAAACGUCCGCAGCUGCGGGGUUUUAUCUAUGCACGUGGUGCGCACGGGGCCGAUCGUCUGCAGCGGAAGAGAACCAAAGGAAAAGAUAAAGCAGACAUCCUCUGGCACCUCCAGCGCGGCAUCGGCGGUGAGGCCCUCAAAACGAAUCCCGUCCAGCGACGUCAUCAUGUCCUGGCCGCAUGCCGGCACCUGGUCCUCAAGACGCGUGCCGUGCAGGGGAUGAAGUAUGGGCUGCAGCUCCUCUUCUAG